AUGGAGCCCAACAGCCCUAAAAAAAUACAGUUUGCUGUGCCGCUGUUUCAGAGUCAAAUAGAUCCUGAAGCAGCUGAGCAGAUCAGGAAAAGAAGGCCAACACCAGCAUCGCUUGUCAUCAUGAAUGAACACGUGCCCCCAGAGAAAGAUGAGAAGAGAACAAACAUCUCACAGGCAGAGUCCCAGAGCGCCUCUCCCAAGCAAAGGAAGCAGAGCGUCUUCACCCCACCCGCCCUCAAAGGGAUUAAGCACCUGAAGAGUAAGAGUGAUUCAGCAUUUCCAGAGGAGGAAGAAGGAGUAAGUGAAAGGGAAGAGGAGUGGGACCACUGA